CCACCAUCCUCCAUUUCCACACAAGCCCGCCCGACGAGCCCGACCCCAAGCCCUAAAACCCAAUCCCAAGCCCGAGCUCGCAGAAGAGAGAAGGACCGAGUGGGUGACCACUUCAGAAACUCCGCCGAUUCCCAUGGCCGGCUUUCCCCUGGUCGGCCCGCCGGAGGCUGCCACCGCAGCGGGCGCGGCGGUACCAACGGGCGACGCGUUCGUGGACCUGCUGGACGCCAGCUUCAACAAGGCGACGGAGACGGGCGGGGCGGGGAAGGCGCUGACGGAGAACUCCUCGCCGACGUUCGUGUCCUCGGGGGACCCCUGCCUCGACUUCUUCUUCCACGUGGUGCCCGGCACGCCGGCCGCCUCCGUCGCCUCGCUGCUCGCCGCCGCCUGGGCCGCCGACCCGGUCACCGCGCUCCGCCUCGUCGCCAACCUCCGCGGCGUGCGGGGGUCCGGCAAGUCCGACCGCGAGGGCUUCUACGCCGCCGCGCUCUGGCUCCACGCCCGCCACCCGGCCACGCUCGCGCGCAACGCCGCCUCCGUCGCCGCCUUCGGCUACCUCAAGGACCUGCCCGAGCUGCUCCACCGCAUCGUGCACGGCGGCAAGUCCACCAGGACCCCCGGCAAGAAGGCCCGCCUCGAGGCCGAGGGCGGCGGCUUCGUUGGCCGCGGGCGGGGCAGAGGCCGCUGGAGCGGCGGCUCUAGCGGCCGCAAGCCGCGUAGCGAGGACCGCGCCCCGCCCGUCGGAUCUUCGGAGGAGCGCACCGCGGCCAGCCUGGAGCGUGACCGGGAGCUGGCGGCCGCGGCCGCGGUGUCCCGCCGGGCCAAGAGGGCAGAGGCCGCGGCGAGGGCGUUGGAGAUGCACAGCCGCGACUCCACGUACCGGUUCCUGCACGAUCGCACGGCCGACCUGUUCGCCGAGCUCCUUGCGGAGGACAUGCGCAAGCUGUCUGUCGGCAAUGUCAAGGAUUUCUCGCUCGCGGCCAAGUGGUGCCCGUCGCUGGACUCGUCCUACGACCGCUCCACCCUCCUCUGCGAGGCCAUCGCGCGGCGGCUCUUCCCCAGGGGCUCGUCGUCGGAGCUCGGCGACGACCUCCCGGACGCGCACUACGCGUACCGCGCGCGCGAGCACCUCCGCAGAGCGGCCAUCGUGCCGCUCCGCGCCGCGCUUAAGCUCCCCGAGGUGUUCAUCUCGGCGCGCGCCUGGGAGUCCGUGGUGUACACGCGCGUGGCCUCCGUGGCCAUGAAGAACUACAAGGACCUCUUCCUCAAGCACGACGCCGAGCGCUUCAACGCAUACCUCGCCGAUGUCAAGUCCGGCAAGAAGCGGAUCGCCGCGGGCGCGCUGCUCCCGCACCAGAUCAUCGAGUCCCUCGGCGAGGAUGGGGACGACGGCGGACUGGCCGACCUGCAGUGGCAGCGCAUGGUCGACGACAUGCGCGCCCUCGGCAAGCUCAACAGCUGCGUGGCCGUGUGCGACGUGUCCGGAAGCAUGUCCGGCCUGCCCAUGGACGUCUGCAUCGCGCUUGGCCUCCUCGUGUCCGAGCUCACCGACGACCCGUGGCGCGGCCGCGUGAUCACCUUCAGCGAGCAGCCGAACAUCCACAUGAUCAAGGGCGACACCCUCUCCGAAAAGACUGAAUUCGUCCGGAACAUGGAUUGGGGUAUGAACACCGACUUCCAGGCAGUGUUCGACAAGAUCCUGGAGGUGGCUGUGGGCGCCGGCCUGCCGGCGGAGAAGAUGGUGCAGCGAGUGUUCGUGUUCAGCGACAUGGAGUUCGACCAGGCGUCGGCGAACCCGUGGGAGACAGACUACGAGGCGAUCGUGAGGAAGUUCUCGGAAGCUGGCUACGGCGCCGCCGUGCCGGAGAUAGUGUUCUGGAACCUGAGGGACUCCAAGGCCGUGCCGGUGAUGUCCGGACAGAAGGGGGUGGCGCUCGUCAGCGGGUUCUCCAAGAAUUUGCUCAAGCUGUUCCUCGAUGGCGGCGGCACGUUCACCCCGAGGGUCGUCAUGGAGAAGGCUAUCGCCGGCCCGGAGUAUGAUCAGUUGGCCGUGUUCGAUUGAUGCGCGUAGUCUCGGUGAUGGCGAGCUGAAUGACAGUUCGGCAUCCAGCAUUUCUAACUUAGUUUUUUUAGAACUUCUGAACAAAAGAACUUGUUCGGCAAUGCUUGUUGUGUUGUGUAUAUGAUAUUCCAACAAGGAACUUGAUCUUCGGCCCCGACUUC